AUGUCUGCCCACAUGUCCGCUAUCUCCGCCAAGGAUGCCUGCCCUCCUGCCGGCCCUUACUCCCAGGCCAUCCGCGCCAACGGCCAGAUCUUCGUCUCCGGCCAGAUCCCCGCUGAUUCCUCCGCGAACCUGAUCGAGGGUAACAUCGGCGUCCAGACCCAGGCCUGCUGCGACAACAUCAAGGCUAUCCUGACUGCCGCUGGCUCCAGCGUCGACAAGAUCGUCAAGGUCAAUGUCUUCCUGACUGAUAUGGCCAACUUCGCCGAGAUGAACGCCACCUACGAGAAGUUCUUCGUCCACAAGCCUGCCCGCAGCUGUGUGGCUGUUCACCAGCUGCCCAAGGGUGUGCCUGUUGAGAUUGAGUGCAUUGCUCUCGAGUAG